AUGGCGGGUGAUACCGUAGUAGUGCCGCGUAAUUUUCGCCUAUUGGAAGAACUAGAAGAAGGCCAGAAGGGUAACAGUGAUGGCACCAUCAGUUGGGGUCUGGAGGAAGAUGAUGACAUGACUAUGUCGAGGUGGACUGGCACCAUCAUCGGUCCGCAAAGGACUGUCUAUGAGAACAGAAUAUAUAAUACAAGACUGACGUGUGGCCCAAAUUAUCCAGAAGAACCGCCGACGAUACGUUUUUGUACUAGAAUAAAUAUGAGUGUUGUCAAUUCUUCCACUGGAGAGGUUUUACGUUCGAAAAUGCCGGUUCUAGCUCGAUGGCAGCGAAAUUAUACAAUCAAGGCGUUAUUAACCGAAUUACGCAGACUUAUGUCAGCAAAAGAAAAUGCCAAGGUAGCCCAGCCACCAGAAAGUUCAACUUACUAAGUGUGUAUGCUGUAGUUGACUUCAUUAGAAAUCAAUUUCGUAAUUGCGAUACAGUAAUGUCUUACAAUGGCUACUAUGAUAAUACCAUAGUAAGAUAAGAUAGGGAAAGUAAAUUAGUCAUUUGUUAUUAUAUUGUGGUACAUUGUAUAUUUAUAGUAGUCGAUAGUAUGAAAAAAUGUUAAUCUGCCCUUGGUUUACGAAUUAUCCUUUAAGUAUUGUAAUUCUUUUAAUGAUUGUCACGGUAAUAUCACUUUUGACUCUAUCUUGCAACAGUUGUUAUUGAGGUGUAAUAC